AUGGCCAGUUUAAGUGGUGAACCUGUUGGUGAAGUACCUGCCAAGCGUCCUCGCCUGGGCGGUAAUCCUAAAACAUCCAAAGUAAUUGAAUCCCAAGCGUCUAAGGUCGCCAAUCGGGUGCCCAAGUGCGCCCGCUGCCGAAACCAUGGGAUUAUCUCGGAGCUACGUGGUCAUAAGAAGCUAUGCACCUACAAGAACUGCAAGUGCGCCAAGUGUGUCCUGAUCUUUGAGAGACAACGCAUUAUGGCUGCUCAGGUUGCCCUGAAGCGUCAGCAGGCCGUGGAGGAUGCGAUUGCCAUGCGUUUGGUGGCCAACAAAACUGGUCGAUCCAUUGACACUCUGCCGCCGGGCAACAUUUUCGGUCUGUCGGUAACCCAGCCCAGUUCCCCAUGCCCUAAGAGGGAAGAUGGCCAGUCGGAGAAGCCCCUUUCAGAGGAACACAAGCAGAAACAGCAGUCCCAGACGCCGGAGGAGGAGUACAACGAACCACCAGCCGUUGCCCAGGAUCUCAGUGCUCCGCGAAGGGAUAACGUUUCCCAGACGGCUAUCGAUAUGCUAGCCCAGCUCUUUCCUCAGCGAAAGCGAUCUGUUCUGGAACUGGUUCUCAAACGCUGCGAUCUUGACCUGAUUCGGGCAAUUGAAAAUGUCUCACCCACGGGCAAAACCUCUCCAGUAGAUGUCACCAGCAGCAUCCAUCUGCCAAACCAGGAGACUGGAAUCUUGCCCAGUGUGCCUCAGACAACGCCACCCAGGAGUAGCGCUUUCAGGCCUGUUAUAACAGACCAGUAUCAAAACAAAUCGAUGGUGGAGCUGAAGCCGCCGGUCUUUGGGAGCAGCGCCUCGGCAGCAGCAGCAGCCAUUUGUGCCUACCCCAAGUGGUUCGUACCACUCUCGUUCCCGGUGACCAUGGGACAUUUAUCCAACCUGGCACCACGCUGCACCUUGCCCAACUGCGCCUGUCUAGACAGCUACCAGUUCCACUAG